UUCCUCGUGAAGUGCAAGCUGGUCAGAUUGUCAGACACGGUGUUCACCUUUGCGCGAGCCUGCUUCUGUGCGAGAGUCAAGGUUAGACAUCGCGGCUUUUGCUCACUCUGCAAAAGCUGUAUCUUCGCUAAUGAGCUGACUCUUUUACACUCUCACGUCUUCCGCAUCUACUCCAAAGCAUCGUCAUGGCGAACAAUACCGGUGCCGAAGCUGCGCAACAACAGAUUGACCUAAAGAUCCUGACGAACACUUCUCAUGCCACGCUCUUCUAUCCCAAUCUGCCCGUAACUACGACCAUUCUCGACCUCAAGACCAGGAUCCAGGAUGACCUCUCACCAAACCCGGCCUUGGAUCGCUUGCGCAUGAUAUACCUAGGACGGGUUCUGCUCAAUAUGCAGGACACGCUUCUAGACAUCUUUGGAGCUGAUCAUGUCAAACAGUCUCGAGAACAAACUAUCCAUCUUGUCGUACCCGACCAAGGCCGCGCUCAGACCGAUCAAGCCAAUCGCCCUCCCACAGUUCCUUCUCCACUACCUUCAACCGACAGAAACCCUUUUCGUGUACAGCAGCAAGCUCAACAGCGCCCACAACCACAACAACAACAACAACAACCACCCCAACGGGGUACGCAUCCUGGUGUGCCACAUGUGCAUGUUCAUGGACAUCACCACAACAUUGUUCAAGGCGGCCCUCCACCAUUUCCACCAGAGUUUGCAGAGAUGAUAACGAGGCAGAUGGCUGCGGUUCAGAAUGGAUCCGUGAAUACCGGUAGACAUCCUCAAGAGGUGCUGGGAGGUGUUCCAGUACCAGGCUUUGGCAUAGACCCCAACAACUUCUUCCAACAAGUCAUUGCCCAACAGCAUCAGCAGAGAGCAGCGGCUGGAACUGGAACUGGACAUGAGCAGGCUCGAUCUGUGACUCCAAAUGCUAAUGGCAGCGAGGGUGCUGCAAGGCAGAAUGGUGGCCACUCGCCCAUUCCAGGUGAAGUCCCUGGCAACGUACACAUUUAUCGAGAAGGUGAAACUCCGAGUGGUGCACGCUGGAGUAUGACCGUGGACCGUACGAUCCACCAAUUCCCGCACCACCCGAACGAAUACAUGGGAUCAUCACCGUUGUCUAGGCUACCCAGCAACCCCUUUCAACGGCCACCACCAACUUCUUCGUCACUGCAACAUCCGUCUGCGCUGCCAACAGUAGGAUCGCCAUUUCCUACAGGGCCUCAAGUGAUGCGGACCAAUUCUACGGAGGAAUCCAUACGGAGAGCAACGGAGAACAUGCGAACGAUUCGUGACGAUGUCGGGGGACGCUUAGAAGAAAGCACACCCGAUGAAGUCAACCGCCUACGCGCAAUAUUAGAGACCUACGAGUCAUACCAUGCUCGCGUCGAGCAAGCGUUAAACUAUACGACUCCUCAAAAUCCAGCUUCGCAGUUUUCCACUUCGCCCCCACCAGGUUCAUUAGGUGUGCAGAACGCAGCAAGACCUGGUAGUAACCACCAACCCAACACUACAUCCCGAUCAAACGGUGCCGCUACCGCAUCAACACCGAGACUCGACCAUAUCCGAACAACUAGUGAAUAUUUACCACAGGUGUUCUUGCUAAGAGGUCCAGAUGGCCCACAUGCACUGUUAUUAUCAUCGUCGGGUACUUAUCGAACUGGAGGACUCUCAGAUUCCUUCCCACUCGACGUUUCGACCGCUGGGCCAAGUACUCGAAUAGAUUCCGUUCUAGAUUCCUCGAUGCCUACAUCGUCAGCAGGGCCAGCAUCUGGACUACCCGUGCCUCCGCAAUUUCCGGCUGCUUCAGCUCCUGAUCAAGCCAAUGCUCCACGCAUUCCUCAACAAGACCAGAACGAAGCGCCAGAUGCACAAGCGGCCAUUCGCCAACGUCUUGAACAGCGUCUCGAACAUCUUCGACAGCAGCGUGCACAAGGCAGAAACGCACAAAAUCCGCAAAACGCCCAGAACGGUGCAGGUAUGGCACUUGCCGGGCAUAUAUGGCUUGCUGCUCGUCUACUGUUCUUCCUCUACAUGUUCUCUGGGGGUUCAGGCUGGCGACGACCACUCAUGAUGAUUGGUGCUGCUCUCACCAUAUAUCUUUUCCAGCUCGGGGUCUUCAACGCCCCGGUGGAUAUGCUACGGCGUCAUUUUGAGAAUCUACUGCCCUUACCGGAGGAGCGCAGACGCGAGGAACAGAUCCGUCGCAACGCAGGAUUGACACCGGAGCAGGUUGCCGAGAGGCUUGUCCAGAACCAUAAUAACGAGAACGUCAGUUGGAUGCGAGACCAGUUGCGCAUCGUGGAAAGAGCCUUGGCCCUCUUCGUGGCCAGCUUGUGGCCCGGUCUUGGAGAGCGCAUGGUUGCUACGCGAGAAGCACGCUUGCGGCAACAGCGCGAGGAGGAAGAGCAGCGAACGCGCGAGGCUGAGACAGCACAGCAAGCAGAUGUAGAUAUCCAUGCUGACCAGAACCCUGCGCACGAAGAGAUACCCGAUGAGCCCGGUGGAGGAGACAACAGCAAGGGCAAGGGCAAGGGCAAGGGCAAGGCUCGGGACGACGGGACUGAAGCUGCAUCAAGCUCUCUUGAUCCGACGCCGUCAGGCAGUGAAACGACAAGUCGUAGCACGUUCCAAUCCGCAGACGAGUAGACCGAUUCUUCCAUGUAUACGAAGUACAAAAGUUCUUUGAUGUAGACGCGGAAGGACGAGAUGGCAAUAUAACAUGCAAGUUCGUCCUCGUGCGGACAGUCACAUAGGGUAUAGGUAUGCUUGGUGGUGAAUAUGAAAGAGCAGUGAAGUAUUCGUCCUACAUGGUCAAUCUGAUGCCUCCAGUCCAUGCCGGAUGCCGCUAUACAGCAUGGAAUAAUUUGACAUCGUUGACAGACUACGAACAGACACAAGCAUUAACUCCUCCCUCAGUUGUUCCGGUCCCGGCCCCAAUGCACGCUCGGCCGAGCCGGCCGACUUGUUUAAUUGACGACAAGCUGCUCUCGGGGGGCCAACUCUAGAAAUGAAU